CUUAGUGGUUCAUGAGGCUGGCUUUAAGAAAACUUAGAGGAAGAAUAGUGCGAGGUAAUUGCCCCUUUUGACGAACUAUUUCAUUUGUUUCUUAGAAUCUUCUAGAAGCAAUGCUCUGUUUUUAGCUUUGCAAAAAUGAAGGUGAAUAUUGUGCUUAUACUUCUAGCUCUGGCAUUAGCUACUAUACUGACAUUGGUUUGUGUAAUGCUCUUUGGGGCAGAGAAGACAAACCAGACCUGUGGCUCUUAUUCACAGCAUGAAAAUAUGCGACACCACAGAGGGGGUAAGAAAAAUGGAAGAGAAGACAGCUCUGUGUUUUCAGAUUUGGACCCAGACGAGUUCUCUCAAGUUGUUGCGUUCCUGCAAAAUAACCUCAAUGUGGAACUGGUUGAUCCAGCCAAAGCAAACCCAUCUGACAAUUGCAUCUACUAUAUUGAUGUGAAUUAUCCAGAAAAACAAGCGGUACUGAAUUAUUUAGAAAAUGGUGGUACCAAGCCAAAAAGGGAGGCACUUGCUGUAGUUUUAUUUGGAAACCAAGAAGACCCUAAUAUUACAGAAUUUGUGGUGGGACCUCUACCAAACCCACAAUAUCACAAAGAUAUUACACUAGAGAAGUACAAAGGCAAGCUGCCAUACUAUAGAAGGCCUGUAAUUGGGAAAGAAUAUAUUGAUGCUUACAACUUGGUUUAUAAGGAAGAAUUUGCUAAUGCACCUACUUUCCUUAGGGAUGUUAUCGGCUAUGAUGGGACAAACAUUGUUGCUCUUACAACUGCCCCAAGAGGUUUCAAGUCGGGAGACAGAAGUACUUGGUUUGUAUUAUUUCAAAAUAAAAGUGGUAGUUGUUUUUCUGUAUAUCCAGUUGGAUUGGAGAUACUUGUUGACCAUAAGAGCAUGGAUUCUACAAAGUGGAAGGUAACUAAAGUAUUUUAUUAUGGACAGUACUAUGCUAACAUGGCUGAUCUAGAGCAGCAAUACAUUAAGGGUAAAGUAACAGUUAUUAAGUUGAAUAGUCAACAACAAGAUGAUGACAUUGGUUCUAUGAAGACCAAAGAGCAUGUUUUGCCAGGAGCACCUUUACAGUAUCAGCCUCAAGGUGCACGAUUUACCAUUAACAAAAACCACGUCACUUUUCUGGACUGGAGCUUUGCUUUUGGGAUGAAUGUAAAUACUGGCUUGCGGCUUUUCGACAUUAGGUUUUCCAAUGAACGUAUUGUCUAUGAACUGAGUACUCAAGAAGCGAUUGCAUUGUAUGGCUCUAAUUCUCCUGGUGGUAUGAUCACUAGAUACAUCGAUGGAAGCUUUGGAAUUGGAAGAUUCUCAUUUGAGCUGGUAAGGGGUGUUGACUGCCCCUACCAAGCCACUUAUGUAGAUGUUCACUAUCUGAUGGAAUCUCAGACUCCUGAGACUACCAAAAAUGCCAUAUGUAUUUUUGAGCAAAACACUGGAAUACCCGUUAGACGUCACUAUUCUAAUAUUCACCACAUGUAUUAUGGAGGACUUACCAGUACUGUCCUUGUGAUCAGAACUAUAUCUACUAUCAUUAACUACGAUUAUGUAUGGGAUUUUGUCUUUUACCAAAAUGGGGUCAUUAAAGUCAUGAUGCAUGCCACUGGAUACAUUAGCUCUUCAUUCUUCUUUGGUGAUGGACUAGACUAUGGCUCAAAGGUUGGAAAGCACACGCUCGGAACACUUCACACUCACUUUGUCAAUUACAAAGUGGAUAUGGAUGUAGGAGGAAUCACAAAUUACUUUAUGACUCAAGAUAUGAAGUUUAAUCCUGUAAAUGUGCCAUGGCAGAGAGAUGCCAAGAUAAUGAGGCCAAAAGUGGUGCGUGAAGUGAUCACAAAUGAAAACCAGGCUGCCUUUGAGCAGAAUGCAAGGAUGCCCCGUUAUGUUCACUUCUCCAGCAACACCACCAACAAGUGGGGACACCAACGCACUUACAGGAUACAGAUAUUUAGUUUUCCUGGUGAAUUUUUGCCAGAAGAAAGUCCGGUUGAUGAGGCUAUGGGAUGGGCCAGAUAUAAGCUGGCAGUGACCAAACGCAAAGAAGAGGAACAGCAGAGCAGCUCUAUUUAUAACCAGAAUGAUCCAUGGACUCCUACUGUGAAUUUCUUAGACUUUAUUAAUGGAGAGAAUAUCAAAGAUGAGGACCUUGUGGCUUGGAUCACAGCUGGUUUUCUUCACAUUCCACACUCUGAAGAUCUUCCUAACACUGCUACUCCAGGCAAUGGCGUUGGCUUCUUUCUCAGACCCUACAACUACUUUGAUCUGGACCCGUCAGUUUAUUCCCCAGAUGCGGUGUAUUUCCAAAGUGAUCAGGAAUAUAGUUCAUGUGACGUUAACUCGCUUGCUUGCUUGCCCAAGACAGCCUCUUGCACUCCAGAGUUUUCACCUUUCACUUAUGCAGGAUUCCGUAAUUAUAUAAAUUUAUAAAUAACAAAGAUUAGGUAUCUGUGACCCUUUUAAAGGCAUCAAGAAUAUCGUCCAUCACAAUACCACCACAUAUAUAUUACAUUUUUGGCUUAGUAUUCUAAAUGGGGUUUCUAGUACAGGUAUGGGAUCCCUUAUCCAGAAAC